CUGCAUGCAAUGAAAAAUAUAUUGUACCCAUUUUGUCAAAUUGCCGGCAGCACUAGCACUUGAUUAAUCCCAGUAUACUUUUCGUUAUAUUUUUUGUAUAAAUGUAUUCGAUUAUUGUUGUACUGGUUUAUGUUUGAAGUAAAACAUCGCAAAUUGGGCAUAGUCUAUGAAGACAUGAUGGUCUGGAAACUAAACCGAAGCCAUUAAUGGCUGCCAGACAAUCCGAUAUAUAUCUUCACAGACUAUGGUACCAGGGUAGGUGAAGAUUACCGAUUGCGACUUCUGUUGAAGAUACAACUAUACCUCAAAAAUAGUCAAAAAGAAUUUCAAACUUUAGAACGACUACCAAAAAAUUACAAAAAGGACUUCAACCUUUCGAUCGAAGGCGCUUUUUCUGGUAUACUAGAUACAAAUUGUAAUAUUUUCCGAGGAUUUUUAGGUUUUAUCUACAGUACAAUGAAACCCCGCGACUAUAGAGACAUCGUCAAGAAAGUAUUUUAUAUUGUAUCAAUGUUAUAAUAGAGAAUCAAUUUCGCGAAGGAUGCAUGUGCGAUAUAGAGUAGAUAUGCAUACAUGUACACAAUAGAAUGUGGGUUUUCAAGAACACAACAGUCUAAUAAUUUUUAAUUUUCCUUUAAUACCGGAUAUGUAAAUGUAGUGGUAUGCGGAAUGAUUUCAGAAUUGUGUGCACACACAAAUUCCAAAACAUCCGGUAUCAUUACUCAUUUCGCACACCAUUCCGCGUGAUCAUUCCAAUCUCCGCCUAGCUAAAUUAUGACCCAUGACUGGAUUAGAUCAAUUUAUCCUAAUAAAGCAUAUUUUUAUCAGGUACGAAAUUUAUAUAUAGACUCCUUUGUUAUGCCAGGUUAAUAGAAGGAUCGAUAGUAUUUGAAACUUUAAUUAAUAUUAAUGAGUUGUGCAGUUAUAAGCGAGAAAUCAAAUGUGAAAUCCUCAGUUGUGUGGUUGACAUCUACCUAAUAGCACUUCGACUUGGAAGUUUCAAAAGAAAAUCAACAAAUUGAAGGAGAAGAUAAUUGCGCGUUAAAAAGUCAGGUUAUGUGAGUAUAUUACAAACACUUCUAUUAUAUUAGCUGAAAAGUGAGAUGGACAUACGGGGAUGGGAAACGACGGGAAUGCAUGGGGGUAGGAAAGGGAAUGGGAAAAGACGAGAAAACUAGAAAAGUGAGAUGAACAUACGGGGACAUGGAUUUACGUGGCUUCGGUUGCGCAAUCGUCAGAGCAAGCGCCUUUCACCUCUGAGACCGUGGGUUCGAUUCUCGCUACGGACUCAUGCUCAACACUUAUGUGAAAAGAGACAGUCAACGCUCUACCAAAAGUCGUAGGUUUUCUCCGGGUACUCCGCUUUCCUCCCACAGGAAAUGUUGACAGGGUGGGUUGGGAUUAUCCCCCUAACUGACCCUUCCACCGUAGCCGCAUGUGCUCCGUGAUCAGCUAGAUAUGAGUCAUAGAGUGGCUGCCAUGUAGGCGCCCUUGGAAAGCCAUCGACUCGAUCAGGUUGAGUUGCGUCCCUCGUAAUUUAGCUCUCAGCUGCAAGUAAGGAUGAUUAGCAAAUCCCCCUUACUUACUUACAAACUGACUUGCAGUUUUGUUAUAGAAAUUGAGAAUAACGAUGAAUUUUAGACGGUAGCUAUUAAGUUAUCACGCACGUUAUUUAAUUACCUCCUCCAGGGGGUUAUAUUUUUAUCCGCGUUUGUGGUGUUAACCAUGUAAAUUCUUUUAUUUUACUUUAGUGAUCUGAUUUUAAAUUGAAGAAUAUAUGGCGUUUAAUUUGGCAAUUUUCCUUGCUGUACUUGUAAGUUUCAAAUUAAAAAUGAAUUUUAAAAACCAAUUUAGGGACCGUUCAUUAUUUAUACCUGCAUGGGGUUGGUGCCGAAGAGAUAUGGGUUGGGUAAUCAAGUUUUUAACUAGUUCAUGUGUUGGGUAAAAAUUUAUGGUUGUCUGUCAAUUAUAAAAUAAAACCAAAAUUACGGCCAGAGUUGCAAAAAAGCUACGGACACACGGGCAUUACCUGCGUGGAAGGUUUACCACAGGUGAGGUCAGUGAGGAAGGUUUAGUGGUCAAUGGUGGCUAACACCAAAAAAGUAAAACAAAUCAAUCGUAGUUGAACAGGUAGUUGAGGCAGACAAGUUGUGGUGGUACUAUUGUGAUAUAGUACCUAUACCAGAUGACUAUGACAUUGGAGAAUAGUGAGAAGACAAUAACUGAAAAUAUUCUGUAAAAUUAAAAUGUGUAUGUGUCAACCAUCAGAGGCACCUUAAACCAUUGCACCACCAAUAACAGGAGGCUAUUACUAAGAGCUAUUCAUCAUGGUUACAAUAAGAAACUCCCAUUGAACAUCAUAGUAUUCAGAGAUUAUUUGAUUACAUGAUUUCAAUAUUUUUAGGGAAUAAUUAAUAGUAAUAAAUGAAAUGAACCAACAAUGCUGUAGCAACUAAACAUUGUAAUAAUUACAUAAAUAUGGCCAAGGUGAAAUGUUGUAAACUGCCACAAAAAUUAUAAACAAAGCUGAGGAAGAAAUUUUAGCAUGUACGUGCGAUGUGAGGUCUGACUAAAAUAUACAGUUUGAUUUAAUACAGAUCGGUGUAUCAAGGUCCUAUAAUCGAAGUGUAUCAAGGUCCUAUAAUCGAAAUCAUUGUUUACAUAUACUGAUAUACCUGAUAACUACUGUACACUGUCAAUUCCCAAAACUAUAAUGUAACCAUAAGUAUAUGGCACGAUUGACAGCAUCUGUUAUAGAGAUUAUAUUGCCAUUGCCAUUGACUUUCAACCAUUCCAAACAUUGCCAUUGAUUAUAAACCGCCAUGCAGGGCACCAUACUGCUUGGUUUAAAUUUAGCACUUUGUUUCGGAAACAAGUGGGAACAUUCGCUGCCUUGCUGAUUGUGAAAUUGGGCGAUUGGGUCACACUUCUAAAGACCUAAAUACUCUCAAAUGCCUUUCAAAACCACAAGAACAGAAACAUCAAAUACCACAUCUGGAAUGUUGUUGCCAUUGUUUUACCACUGACCUCUAUAUAAUAUGUGUACAGGUGUAAAUUCAACAACUUCAAUCAGUUGAUAUCGAGUAUUUCUAGAUCAGUGAUAUAUCGACUGGAAGGUUGUGUUGCCCAGUAUGAACAAGUUGUCAACAAUGUUGUUUCAAGUUUUAAUUGUUGACAACUUGUUCAUAGUGGGCAGCACAACCUUGUUCACCCAUGUCAAUAUCAACUGCAUGGGAACAAGUUGCUGACUUUCUGAAUUUUUACGUGUAUACCGCUGCGCUUUUUAUUACAGAUUCAGAAACCAUCACAUCUUGAGUCCAUGACUUUUUUCAGUUGUAUAUUCUUUUAUAUUCAAUAUGUCAUAUAGGAUGUAGACGUAGUAGGUAAGGACGUACUGUCCAAUUUGUCUAAAGUAUAAAUCUAUUACGGCAAAUUAUAUAUUAGAAUCAUGCACUGUAUUUAACGGCACAUCUCUUUCAUCGUUUCAAAUUUUAUGCUAUGACGCCAUAUUUUAUUAUUUAUUCAAUUUAUUUUGAGGAAGGUUUCUAACUUCAAAUUUUACUCGGAGGAAAUUUGAACAGGUUUUGCAACUCUGAUUAAUGACCAUGCAUUGGAAAAUAUGAAGAAAAAUGUAUACAAUACAUUCUGUACCAAAAUAGACCAUCAGUGAUUGAUGAAGGACUCUAUCAUUGAACGUGAUUGCUUUGGCACACUCAGUGAGUUUGAGAGAGGUUUUAGAAUUUACACAACUUGAUUUCUGUCACCAUAAUCUUGUGUGUUUAAGUACAGUAACACAUGGCUUGAGUAAAAAUUAUUUUGACCAAUGUCGAGGUUGGGUAAAUAAAAAAAUACAGUGUUUUCGCUUCUCUUCGGUAGCAACCCCAGGUAUAAAUAAUGAACGGUCCCUUAGCUUAGUAUACUUCGUAAACCAUUCGCAUGUAUAGUUUGCAAAGAGCCAGGGUUUGCAAUGAGAUAUUCAUUAAAUUAACCUAAAUUCGGCAUAAUAAUAUCCAGUGUUAAGUAUUGCGUUUCAAAUAUUGGCCUUUUAUUUCGGAUCGGUAACUGUGAAAUGCUACUUUUUUGUGUCAACGGAAAAAGUGGAAAAAAGCGAGACCAUUAAAAAUUGCCAAUGCAAAUAAAAUUUUCUUCAACAUUUUGGCUAUGUUCGCAAAUCGGAGAUACGGUAUCUAUCUGGAAGAUUACAGUGUCGUGAAAUGUUUUAAUUUAACUUAUAUUUUAAAUUUGCAAAAUAUUGUGGAGAUAAGUUUAUGACAGGAUGUAUAUAAUUUCCAUAUCCAGCGCAAGCAGAAAGAUGGUGUUUGCCGAAAGAAAAAAAGAAAAAAAAAAGAAAGAUGCUUGUCUGUUAUACAUGUAUAUAUACAUUGCUGUCUAGUUUAACUGUGUAUCGUUAAAUUGGCUAAAACCCAAAAUAGCCGUAUGUUUUCAGCAUUGGCUAAACAUGAGUAGUUAUAUAUCUCGGGUUUAAUGCCCCGAUUUUAUUAGCUUUUAAAUAAUUAUUAGUAAUCAUGAGUAAGGGGCCAUUUACACAAUACCUGACGCUGCUUUUGCCAAUUUUGUAGACCUUCCUACCCCCUUGUGACAGUCUGUGGCUAGCAGUACACCCCAUCAUAUUUUAUUCCCUCCCCCCUUGUGACAUUAUGUGACUUCUGAUCAAACACUCCCUCACCCCCACGAGCGUCACGUAUUUUGUGAAUGACUCUAAUGCAUGUAAAUUAUUUAUGAUAAAUGACGUGUAAUUCCGAAGAUAAUGCGAAGAUUCGAAGAUAAUGCGAAGAAUUUCCGAUAACGAUAAAAUAACGAGGGUUUCACCAUUUUGUUUCAGGAUGACAGAACGUUUAAUAAUGGAAGUUUUAAGAACAGGUGGGAAAAUUGCUCGGGUUUUCAGCGGGCGAAGAAAAUAUGAGUGCUUCCACUUGGUUGAUUUAAAAAACAUAAACAACAAAAAUUGGAUUAACUGACAAAAAACUGUUGCAGUAAUACUUUGAUUUCCUCUAUUGCCACAUUUUUACAAUGUAAACUAUUAAUAUCGAUUAUUUCAGUGCAAAACAAAACAGAGCAGAAUAUAUCCUUUAAAAAUGUGAUCUGAAAGCUUCAAUAAAAUGUGAAAUUGAAACCAAAAAUAAUAACACUAACACAAAAGUACUACAGUUUUUACAAAGUCAAGAAAUUUAACACAUAUCAUAGAAAAAUCUGAUUGCUAUGUCUAUUUGUUUUUAGAAUGCUUUGUAAACCUCUAAAAAUAAUAUUUUAAAACUCUUAUAGCAAAAUUCAGGUGAUGCUCAUUUUCUGCAUGAGUCGCCUUUUUCGUAGAAAUUACACUUGGACAUAAAAUUUGCCAAAAUUCAGUAUAUUCUUCAUUAUUGGGCGAGUUUUCACAUUUUGUUGGCACAACCUGUAUAUAUGAGAAAAUUAAAGUGAAAAACAAGCAAUUUUAGCAAUGAAAAUACCUCACAUGCUAAAAUUUGACGAUGAUCUUUGCGGCACAUUAUCACUCAAACCUAAAUAUUAUGAUACACUUCGAGUUCUACAUUGAAUGAAAGCAACGUUUGUUUUCACAAAAAUUAAAAACUAUGGUUUUCACUUGGGAAACACUGGGAAACUCGUUGAAGUUGUAGGCUACUUUUAAGUUGUAAAAAUGUCACAACAUGAAAUUGACAUGUGUGAUGAAGGACGAUUAUAUCAGAACUCCUUCAAACUGUUGGAAGCAAUUUAUACGCUGAUACAUUUGCAAAUAAAAUUACAAAACAGUGGCAGGAAGAUGAAUGCAAUACAAAUAUAGCAUGGCAUACAUAAGGUAUAGAAACCAUAAAACGCGUUAAUAAAGAGCAUUCGAUUUGCCACUAAGAGGUCCUUGAACAUUUGAAAGAAUUUGAAAAGGCGCCAGAUCAAAUGUUUUAUACGACUUGGAAGAAUUACAUCACAGUAAAAAGAGCCACCAAUCACAAUGUGUCUUAAAUUAUUUAUCUUUUUGGAGAGAAAAGUAAAUAUGUCGAGCUUAUUGAAUAAUCAAACCCGGACGUAUUCAGGCAAUACUUCUUAUUAAAGAUCAUUGCGUUACUACAUUAGCCGAAAUGUUCACAAAGCCAAUGGAUCAUAAUUUUAAAUUAGUUAUAAGUAACCAAAUAUUUGAUCAGAAGAAAGAUUCAGAAGAAACUUUUUUUGUCAACGGCGGCUUCCAAAGCCUCGUCAUGAUCAAGACACAGGGAGCCCAAACGUUGAUCUGUGUUAGUGUUGUAUGUUUUUCAGUUUAUUUAUCAGUUAGUGUCUUUAUAUUGCCUUUUAAUUGAAUUAUAACACUAAAUUACACUACUAUGUCAUAUAAUAAUAAUAUUCCUACAGUCGAACAUACAGUAACAACAUAUAAGUUGAUUUGUAUGUUUUUCAGUUUAUUUAUUUAAGAUCUAUUAUUAGCUUAUAUAAAAGCACCGCCUUUCGAACCUGACAGCCCGUUCGCAGGCUACACGCGGGAUUUGAAAUAGGGGGCGGCAACAAUAUAAAUACGUGACAAGGGAUGAAACUCUUAAAGUUUGUCGUAUAAUGAAUGCCCCGACUUGAGUGGACCAAUAAUUAUGCAAUGAGUGUCGUGUUGAAUAACGCCGUCAACAUUUAGGAAUCAAUGAUAUAAACAAGGAAGCAAACUCGAAUACAACUCGAGGUGAGAAGCCAAUUUGUGUCGAUCGUAACGAUUUCAAUGUUUAAAAUUUAAAAUUAAAUAAUUUAGGUCCAGUCAAGUCGGGGCGGUUAAUGCUACAAAACGUCGCUAUUAAAAAACUAUAGCAAUUUAUAAGACUCUAGGGCUUUUAUUUCACAAAAUUUUUCAAUGGCUAUGUACUUUAGCCUUAGACAUAUCAUGUGGCCGAAUUUCAAGCUAAAAUUCGUUUUAACAAGCACAUAUGGCUUCAAAAUAAAACAUUGCCGUGUUGUAAUUUCAUCUCUUGUCACAUUUCUUUAUUCAGUGCGAAAUAACGCGUGUAGCCUGCGAACGGGCUGUCAGGUUCGAAAGGCUGUGCUUUUAUAUAAGCUAAUAAUAGAUCUAAAAUAAAUAAACUAAAAAACAUACAAAUCAACUUAUAUGUUGUUAUUAUAUGUUUGACUAUAGGAGUAUUAUUAUUAUAUGACAUAUUAGUGUAAUUUAGUAUUAUAAUUCAAUAAGGCUAUAUAAAGACACUAAAAUAAAUAAACUGAAAAACCUACAACACUAACACAGAUCAACUCUUGGGCUCCCUGUGAUCAAGAUAAUCACUGUUUAUAAACGCAUCUCCCGUUUCACAAAAAUCGCUCACUUUGUAAACUAAAGUGAAGUAAGUCAUAAUUCUGCCAACAUUUGAAGGUCCUAACUCUUGAUAUAUCAAACACAAAUUUUCAAGCACAUUAUCUCUCCAAGACGACAUAUCAUGCACUUAAACAUAUCUUCAUGUUUUUCCAAAAGCACUUUCCAAUAAAACCGAAAAGUAUAUUUGCUAAAUGCCCCGUUAUUUUCCCUUACAACCAUCAUUAUUGACCAUCUUUUUUUUUUUUUAUUUAAACAUAUUUUAUUACAGACAUUUUCUCCAAGAGCAUAGCUCAUCAAGGGAGAUUAUGUCGGAUUAUUUACAAACUUUAGGUUACUCACAUCAAGACAAAGAGGAUUACAUAGAAAAAAAGAUUACAUCAAAACAAAUCGAAUAAUCAUAGUGUGGAAGAACUUCUGGUAUUCAUUCUCAAGCUUUCCAUGAAACAUAUUAUUAUAAGAAAUUUAUAUGGAAGAAUUUACCACACCAAUGUUUUACAAACCAAUGUUUUACAAAACAAGUUUCAAUAAAAACAAAAAAAAUAAAUAAAGUUACUCCGCCUGAAACCGUUUUGUAUUUAAAAUAAAUAAUUGGACAUUUUGCAUUAAUUUUACAUUAUCUUCAUGUCCAAGAUUUUCCGAACCAUGCAAAAGUAUUUCAAUUUUCCGAUUCUCUGAUAAAUUCAUCCACAUAGGAUGGAGCAGCCGCGCAGGAAGUGAGAGCAAUUGUUCACGUUGGGCAGCAAAUCGAGAACAAUAUAAAAAGUAAUGUUUGACAGUUUCCAUUUCACCCCAUCGACAUACACAAAAAGGGGAAUUUGCACAAUUAAUUCUAUAUAGGUGAAAAUUAAGCGCACAGUGACCAAGCCUGAGCCUGGUAUGGAGUAUUGAGCUAUAUCUACUUAGUGAUGCAUUGUAUUUUACGUUAUAUUUUUGUCCACAAUACAUAUUACAUAAGGUAACUUUAAAGGAAGAUAGCGUCUCUAUAUUUCGUAAAUCUGGAUCAAGAUCAUUCCAGGCAGUUAUUGCCGAUGGAAAGAAAGAUUUUUAAAUCGUUCAGUUCUCACAGGUAUAUUAGUUAAAUUAUCGUUAGAUCUUAGAAAGUAACUGGAUCUUUGGUUUACAUAUGGAGGCAAAAGAUCACAAAGGUAGGAUGGUGCAGUGUGGGUAACAAUUUUAUAAAAAAAGGAUAGCUUAUGAAUAUGUCUCCUAGUUUUCAAAUCCUCCCAACAUAGUUCAUCCAAUAGACGAUUUCUAUUUGUUCCCCUUAUUGCACCAGUAACAAUGCGAGCUGAUUCGUACUGAACUGCUUCUAAAAGAUUUGCUUCCUCUACACUACAUCCAUCCCAUAUUACAUCUGCAUAUUCCAUUAAGGGUCUAAUCAAACUUUUAUAUAAGCAUAUCAGUUUUGACCUUUUAAGCUUAUAUUUAACCCUUUUUAAUGCGUUCAUUCUUUUACUAGCUUUUUGAUGUAUGCUUAGAAUAUGUUUUGACCAAGAGAAAUUUGACGUAAAUGUUAAACCUAAAUGUGAAUGAGAAUCAACUUCGCGUAAUGCAGUGCCAUUUAAGUAUAAGAUUGGCUGAGGAAGUCGGUUAUGUUUCGUUGAAAAUGUAAUGCUUUCGCACUUAGUAGGAUUCAAUUCCAUCAACCAUUCCAUACACCAUUGGUCCUCGUUUAGUCUAGAAUCAAAGAUGAUAAAUUAUCAACAAUUUCAAGUAAAGAUGUAUCAUCAGCGUAGAGAAAACAGUCAGAUACAAUAUUGCUGGAAAUAUCAUUUAUGUAUAUUAGAAAAAGCAAUGGCCCGAGCACUGAACCUUGUGGAACACCAGCUUCAACACUAAGCCAGCUCGAGCAUUGCCCCUCAAUGACAACUCUUUGUUUUCUAUCAGACAAAUAACUACAAAACGAGCUUAAAAGUGGGUCUUUUACUCCAAGAGAUUUUAAUUUAUACAAUAAACCUUUAUGCCAUACUUUAUCAAACGCUUUGCUAAAAUCUAAAAACACCAUACGGACUUCUUUACCCAUUUCUAGAGCUUCAUAAAUCUUAUGAACUAUAUACGUAAGUUGGUUCACAGUGCUGUCUCCUGGUCUAAAACCGGACUGAAAAUCAUUAAGGAAUCUAAUUUCUAAUAAAAAUUCAUAUAGUCUAGUGAAUCCAAUUUUUUCUGGUACUUUGUAUAUAGACGGUAAAAGUGAUAUGGGACGAUAGUUUUUUUUAUAUUGAUGAUCAUCUUUUUUAUAGACAGGAGUUACAUUUGCUUUUUUCCAUUCAGUUGGAUACUCUCCUAUUCGGAGACUUGUGUUAAUUAAACAUGUAAAUGUUUUGGCAAUUCCACGGCUACAUAAUUUAAUAAUUCUAUUGCCAAUACCAUCAUGACCGCUAGCUUUUGUAAUAUCAACUUUAUAGAGGAGAUUAAUCACUUCUUCUUCUGUUGUUUGAACUAUAGACAACGUUUUAUCUGUGUGAUUAGAAUAAUAAUCUAGGACUGGUAGUUCAUGAUAUGUGUCAUCAACGUUCGCUUCACUUACAAAAUAUUCAUUAAAUAAAUCCGCUUUUUGUUGUGCAUCGCAAACAAUCUGAGAUCCCUCCCGUAUAACUGGAAUUGAUACACGGCAAUUAUUAUUAAAAACUGACUUAACAUAACUCCACCAUUUUUUUUGGCCCAAACGAAAAUCUUAAAAAAAUGGCGGCGUGUCGGAAACCUCUCGUUAUUUUAUAGUCAUCGGAAAUUCUUUGGAUUAUCUUCUGAAAUAUACGCCAUUGUUAUGAAUAAUUGAUUUGCAUAAUCAUGAAGUCUUAAAGCUGAUUAAAAAUUCUGAAAAGGCCCGAGAUAUAACUACUAACAUGCAUGAUGUCGCUUUCAAAUGGCCUGUAAAUUAUUCUUAAUUUUAAAUUUCUUUUAAAAAAAUACCGAAUUUUACGUUAUUGUGUCAUGUCAACAUCAUAGGAGCUGUAGGGAUAGCUGGAUAUAUAUAUAUAUAAAACUAACAUUCAUAAAUUACGCAUGUCUGAAGUUUGAAUUGAAUUCAAUUUAAUUGAAAGGUCUUAAGUAGGCUCAUAAGAUAAAAAUACAUACCCUAUGUUACAAUACCAAAGCCUGAAAUUACACGAUUAAAAUACCAUAUUAUAUUUAAAAAAUAUCGGCUGAUUAAUUAAAAAAUAGGUACGCGACGCGUACUUGUUUCUGCGAAAAAACUUGUUUUACAUUUUCAACACUUAUUAUAAUAAAUAUAAUAGCAAAUAAGAUUUUAAAGUCAAACAUAGUACAAAUGUAACAAGGCUGUAGACAGCACAGAGGGCAGCAGGGGCAACUCCCCCCCCCCCCCGCGAAAAUUUAACUAAUUUUAUGUGAUUAUGAUUGUAACUCGGAUAAUUAUGCAGUCAAAAAAUAAAAAUUUCAUUCAAACAAUAUUCGCAGUGUCUAUUUAGUAAACUGUCACUUGUCAAUCCAUACCCAUUUUUAAAACUUUAUUGUAAUCAUAUGAAGCAAAAGUUCUGUCACUUGUUGUUUACACUUGCCAACGUUAACUGUUGAGUAACAUACACAACUAUUUGAGGAACAUGCAUUAAUACUGUACCGAAGAGUCCAUCAUAUAUCGAAGACCACUGAAUAGUAGAGAAUGUUUUAAAGGUCAUGAAUAAAGUAUAUAAUGAAAUUCCAAUCCUGUGCACAGUUAAUGAUAUACCACACUGUUCGGUUUAACACAACAUAUCCACACAAAAACAAUUUGUGUUGUGGGAGAAUAUCGGUUUGAGUAGAAGGUAUCACAAGUUCAGUUUUGUACAUAUUGUGUGCCAUUGAUCUGACCAUCCAUAUUUAAUAUUGUAGCUGUUAAGUUAUUACAGUAUCCAUACCAUUGAUACUUAUGAAUUUAGGUAAGAUUGUCUUGCAAGUGGGUUGUUCUGACAAAAUUAUCUAGCCAAUAUCCAGUACAUUUAUUCAUCAUUCUUUCAUUAAUCUCUAGACAAAAACAUUUAUGUUAGAAAGCAAAAUAACAAUGAAAUAUUAAAGGUGGGAGGGUGGGGAUUCUUUUAUUAGCAUUUGAAAAUGUUUGUAAAAAUUUUGUUUAAUUAUAAACUCUAUUAAAUGUGUAAAACCAAAAUGUAUAAGUAGUGUAAACUGAUAUAAACAUCUUUAACCUCUAACACUACAUUUGAUGACAGCUUAGUUGGACUUAGAAUUUAUACAGAAAUACACGACCAGGAUUUAAUUCAAUAUCUCCCGAGACCAUUAGUUUCCUUUGGUAUUAUUCAUUGGCAAUAUUGCCUGCUAUGUUUUGACCGUUUAAAAUAUUAGAGAAGUCACAGUUCUCUAAGGAUUGUUUUACUGCAUAAAUCUUUUUGUGAACUAUGUUGACAAAUGGCUUAUUAAAAAUAUCCUCGAAAAUAUCCAAUAUUUUAUACACUGUAAUAUAUUAAUAAAAAAAUUCCAGAGUGCAUUUCAUGUACAGUCUCUACGCCGAAGAUACGGCAAUAUUAACUAUAGAUAGUAUAUUUUGUGUUCAAUAUAUAGACCACAGUAAGACUUUUUUAAAUGUUUAUUUCAUUAACAAACGACGUUUCGGAGAUUUACUCCAUCUUCAGGUAGUUAAUAGGAUUACAAUUUGAAUUUAAACUAACAUGCGCAUGCAUAAACGUUAAAUUGCGACCGUUAUUCGCGCGUGCGAAAUUGCGUAAGCAUAUAAAUUACGUGCACGUGUCCGAUUAAUUCUAAUAAAAAUUAGAAAUUGUUAAUUCUGUCUUUAAUGUUUAAACUACGAAAUCUAAGACAUUUAACUGUUCGUAUUUUCCAUUCAAUUCUGGAUUAAGCUUUUGGAUAAAUAAUGCUUCGGUAAUUUUCCGUUCUACAGAUCCUUUUGUUCUUUUUAAAAUCUUAACAGACAGUUUAGGUUUUUGUCCGUAAUGUUGGUCGAGGUAGUGUUUCGAGAAAGCCAUGUUUUUAUAGGACUUUGCUUUCGGGUUUGCUGCGGAACGAAAAUGUUCUUGGUAUCGAACCACCAAUGGUCUGCCUAUCUCGCCUACGUACGUUGCUCCACAAAGGUCACAGUUGAUUUGAUACACGACAUCUUUCUGUGUACACCGAACGGGAGCAUUUGAGUUGCUGCAGAUUGGGCAUUUAGAGGUGUCUGUGCAUACUUUAUCGUAAGGUCGCGAUUCUACGAGGAGCUGUUUAAGCGAGCUUUGUGGUCUUUCAACUAUUCUGACAUUGAGGUUUGAACUCUGGACCGCUCUUCGGAUGUCAGUGGUAAAGCUUCGGUUCAUCAGACCCAUCAAUACGAUUCGAAAUCGAGUUGCCAGGUGAAGAUGGAUUCCUCCCAUUCCUCAACACAAAAGUCAAGGUGAACGAAUCUGGAACAGUGGAGACGGAAUGGCAUACAAAAUCGGAAAACAAAGGAAUAAUGUUGAAUGCAAAAUCACACCACCCAGAACAAAUCAAACGGGCCGCUAUCGGUAAUACCAUCAAGACAUAUACUUCAAUAUGUUCAACCGACGCCUUGUUUGAAGAAGCUGAGCGGAAGUUUGAAAGAAGAGCGAGACGAAACGGCUAUAGCAACAACUAUAUAAAAAAACUCCAGACAACAAAACGAAAACUGCCAAAAUCGAAAGUCGAACCUCUUCCCACAUUCACAAUUCCAUUCAUUUCCAGAAGCUUUACCACUGACAUUCGAAGAGCGGUCCAGAGUUCAAACCUCAAUGUCAGAAUAGUUGAAAGACCACAAAGCUCGCUUAAACAACUCCUCGUAGAAUCGCGACCUUACGAUAAAGUAUGCACAGACACCUCUAAAUGCCCAAUCUGCAGCAACUCAAAUGCUCCCGUUCGGUGUACACAGAAAGAUGUUGUGUAUCAAAUCAACUGUGACCUUUGUGGAGCAACGUACGUGGGCGAGACAGGCAGACCAUUGGUGGUUCGAUACCAAGAACAUUUUCGUUCCGCAGCAAACCCGAAAGCAAAGUCCUAUAAAAACAUGGCUUUCUCGAAACACUACCUCGACCAACAUUACGGACAAAAACCUAAACUGUCUGUUAAGAUUUUAAAAAGAACAAAAGGAUCUGUAGAACGGAAAAUUACCGAAGCAUUAUUUAUCCAAAAGCUUAAUCCAGAAUUGAAUGGAAAAUACGAACAGUUAAAUGUCUUAGAUUUCGUAGUUUAAACAUUAAAGACAGAAUUAACAAUUUCUAAUUUUUAUUAGAAUUAAUCGGACACGUGCACGUAAUUUAUAUGCUUACGCAAUCAAAUUGUAAUCCUAUUAACUACCUGAAGAUGGAGUAAAUCUCCGAAACGUCGUUUGUUAAUGAAAUAAACAUUUAAAAAAAGUCUUACUGUGGUCUAUAUAUUGAACACAAAAUAUACUAUUAACAUGAGACUUAGGGAAAGUUCGUUCCUAAACAUUUUAUAGAUAGUAUAGUAAUUUGGCGAACUCAUGUAUUAAAUAUGUGGGAAAAAUACUGUAUUUGCACAAAUUUGGUAUUUAAAUCUAUAAUAUAUGGUAUUUGACUACUUACCAGAUGAGGAUAAGAUUCCAUGUUGAUAAAUAACUUCGGAAUAAUAUCGCAAGUAGAGAAAACAAGACAGCCAAUUCAAGAUAAAUUGAUAAAAAUAUCAACAUAUUUUUGAAAGAAUAACACGAUUUAUGCACGAGGCCUGACGAGGCUAAAGUAUGCCCGUUCGCAGGUUAGAUGCGGGCACGAUGUAAACCAUUGAUGUAAACUGAUCGCUGAUUGGCUUGAAUUGGCAUAAAUUGGCUGAAUUAUAUAAGCCCGUCGCUGAAAUGGCUAGGGAUACGGUAACAUUAACAUUACGUUUGCGAUAGCAAUAUAUCUGCUUCGCAGAUACAAAAAGUUGUUCAUGACUCUAUUAUGUUUCCAUGGGUGAAUUAGUAGGUUUAGUUUAUGAAACGAACGGUAUAGUUGAUUCAGUGUUUUAAUUACACUCUCAUUGACAUAUAGUUACAUAAAACUAUAUUGUAUUUGAACUAUAAAACACUUAAUUUGACUUAGGAGUUCGGCAUUCAAGAAAUAUUUUAGCGUUUUGCCCUGUUACUUGAGAUGGAUCAGUUUCGGACAUCCAACUAUUGUCCGAGAGUACCGAACUAAUUAAACGGCAGUGAUAAUGAAAUGAGUAAUGUGAAAAGGAUAGUGCUUUUACACCAUACAAAAACAAACGGUUUUACACUCGUUUCAGGUGGCACACUGUGCGGGCAGCCAAAGUGAUGAACUGGAAAAUAAUAUAUUUAACCGGGCUUUGAGGGUAAGUGCCGGAUCAUGAGAAAUAUAUAGGGGAAUAACUACGAGAAUCUGGUAGUUUACAGAAGAAUCACGCCCUGGCUAUGGUUUCAUUAAUUUAAAUUCCGUAUAUAGCUAUUUUUCAAAAGAAAAAAUUUCUUUUUAAUUUUUUUAUGCUUUUCCUGAUUUUUUUUCAAAAUACAAAGCAUUACCAUUAAAUAUUCAAACCAUUAAUUCAGUUAUUGUGACAUGAAAAAUUAAUUUUGUAGCACAAAGAGAUAACUGACCUUGAUCAAAACGACUUUGAUGAACAUGACGCUGCUUCCGCUAAGCGUCUAGUAUAUGGUAAGUACAUUUGCCAGAAAAUUCAUGAAGGUCCGGGACAGCAUGUCAUGUUUUGACGUUAAAACAUCCAGGAAUACCCAGAAACUGAAAAAAGUAUUUUGCUUCUGGUCAGUUUCUUUGUCCAAAAUUGACGCGCUCGCACGGCUUUCCCCCAUUUUUUGCAAGGGAACACUUUUUGCAGAAAUGGCGAGGUCAUUGCUGGUUUCUGAAGGUGUAUACUUUGAUAAUCUAAGCUUAAUGUUAAAAUGCAACUAAGCUUGCGUAGAAUAAAAUGAAAACUACUGUAGAAUAACAUAAACAUGCAGUACACCAUCAUGCAGUACGUUGGAAUAAAAAUUUCAUAAAGAUGUAACAUAUUACUUUUGUGUCAAAUUUUGAGCACGUAGCCUAUAGGCUACAAGAAGAAAAUUUUCUUGAGAUGAUCACCAGUUUUCAUAAAAAAACAUUGACGCGCAUAGUGUAAGAUGAUGCGCGUGCUGACUAGAAACGGAAUUCAUUUAUUUUUGGGCCUAAACUAUAAAACAGUUGUAAGCUGAUAAAACGCAGAAUUUCUCGCGGACAAAUAUCAUCAAUCAAAUUAGGUGCAAUCCCUUGCAUGUAAUUUAGUCGUUUGACUAAAUAGUAAAAAGGUUCAGAUUUUGAACUUUGGCUAUUGUUACCGCUACUAUUAACCAAUCAGAUACGUUUAAUCUGUCCAACUAACCAAUCUAAUGCGUUUUAAGCAAAUAAAAGUAAUAGUAUAUAGGCCCAUCGCGAAACUUGAAAAUUCACUUUUUACCGCACUUUCGGUUUUGAAAAAAAUUGAUGCAGAGAAAGUUGUUUAAUUUGAAACUUGGUAUUUGCAAUUCAACUUUUUGUGAAUUCUACAUUAGAAAUAUUGCGAAGCAACAGCUGUUGAAAACCGGACGCUUUGGGGGCUUCGCGAUAGGUCUGUUGGUAGCUGAUUAAAUAUCAACCUCUCGAUUAUUACAAAAAUUUAAGGACGACCGUUUUUCACCGUUUUCAACAAUUCCAGAAAACUCCAAAAGUGAUAAAUUAUUCUCCAAAAUUAGGUGAAAAGGUUUACAUCCUAAGGCAUUCCUUAAAUACCUAUAUAUUUUACAUUCUGACAGGAUACUGUGGAAAAGUUGGAGUGAGUUAUAUCCGGUGGGGUAAAAAUACCUGUCCAGGUAACUGGGGAACUACACUGGUAUAUAAUGGUAAGAAGAAAAUUGUUCGUUUUUUGUCAAUGAGGUUUUUCGACCUAUAACUCUAUUUAGACCAAUAUUAGAUGAAAAAUUGAAUCAGAAUAUUCAAAGCAAGGGGAGGGAGGCAAAACAUUUUUGAAUCAUCUCUUAAGACAGUUUAGUACGCACUGAUCUUUCCUUUACUUAUUUGCCAAUUUUUCAGUAGAAUUGAUAACUUUUGCUCCCCCAAAAACCCCUCCAUGCCCUCCCACCCCCUUCGCACCUGCCAGCACGCCACUGGUCACAGAAAUAAAUAAGUUUUUUUCUUUUUCUAUAUAGGCUCCGUCGGGGGUUCCUGGUACAAUAAUAAAGGUGGUGCAUCUAAUUAUCUGUGUUUGCCUGGUGUGCCAAUUUAUAAUAAGUAUAAAACCGGUGUUCAAACGGAUCGUUCUGGAAUUUAUGGUGCUGAAUAUCAGACAGGAUCUGAUGGCAUAUUUCCUAGCAACCUACAUCAGCACGAUGUUCCAUGUGCCGUGUGUCAUGUGACCAAUCGUGCUUCUCAAAUUAUGAUACCAGCUCGUAACGUGUGUCCAGCAGGAUGGAGACGCGAGUACCACGGAUAUCUCAUGGCCGCAAAAUACUCCCACUAUCGUACAAUGUAUACAUGCGUGGAUGAAAACCCAGAUUACAGACCUGGAAGUCAUGCUAAUGUAAACGGCGCAUUGUUUUAUUUCGUUGAAGGAAAGUGUGGCUCCCUUUCUUGCCAACGAGAUGCAUAUGUCAAAAACCGUGAGCUGACAUGCGCAGUGUGCACUCGUUAGUUAUUUAUGAGCACAACCGUAAACUUUAUCUUAUUAAAUUGAUGAGGAUCACUGAUUUGCACCUUUUUCAAACUUUUAAAGAAUAUAAUCUAAUUUCUGACACUAAUUUAGCACAUAAUUGAUGCACGUACCGACUCUUUUGUUUCUCUUAUUAAUGCUAAUGAUAGUAAUAAUGGCAAUAAAAUGUUUUUAUUUUCAUUGCAAACCUCUUAUAUUAUUUAUAUUGGAAUUUAACUGCC